GUGGACCGUAAAAAUAUCCUGCAACAACUACUAGGUUGGGUGAUGUGAUAUCGGCGCCGCUCCCGCCGUCUACUCUUCCUUUCCCCUCCACCGUCUCUCUCUCUCUCUCUCUCUCUCUCUCUCUAUAUAUAUAUAUAUAUAUAUUUGUCAGAUUGAUUGAUUAUCAAUGGCCGUCUCGGUUGAGGAACCGCGAAAGGAUCAACCACCAUUUGUGGACGAUGAUGAAGACGAAGAUCCCUCGAGUGAUGAAGAAGACCAGGGCGAUGGCUUCCAAGAAGAGGAAGACGAAGAAGAAGAACCAGGGAGCCUGGAAUCGAGAAGGCGGUCGGAGAGGGUGAAAAUGGAGAACCUCUUCCACAAAAUGUCAACGGAGAGAGUGCCUCUGCGCGUCCACGACGUGUUGAUCAAGGGCAACACCAAGACCAAGGACUCCCUCAUCGAAGCCGAGGUCGAAGCCAUCAAGAACGCCUCCUCCGUUCAGGAGCUUCUUCAGGCUGCCACCGUCGCCAAUGCUCGCCUUCACCGCCUCGAUAUCUUCGAUUCCGUCAACAUUACCCUCGAUGCCGGACCCCCUGAGUUGCCGGGCACUGCCAAUGUCAUUGUUGAGGUUGUCGAGACUAAAAACCCUCUCACUGGCGAGAUUGGCUUAUUCUCUAAGCCUGAGGCUAGAUCUUGGUCACUUGAAGGGUCACUCAAGCUGAAAAAUUUGUGCGGAUUUGGGGACCUCUGGGAUGGUUCUUUGGCUUAUUCUUGGGACCAAAUAUCAGGGGUUAGUGCUGGUGUGUCCUUGCCAAGAUUCAAAGGAUUGGCAACUCCGUUGCUAGCUCGAGUGUCUCUGCUUUCCCAGGACUGGCUAAAGUUUUCAUCUUACAAAGAACGAGUUUUGGGAUUGUCUCUUGGUCUAUUAUCAUCCAGGAAUCAUGACUUGGCAUAUAACCUUUCUUGGCGUACCUUAACGGAUCCAUCCCAAAUGGCAUCCAGAUCAAUAAGGAGGCAGCUUGGACAUGGUUUACUGUCAUCCCUAAAGUACACAUAUAAAAUCGACAGGAGAAAUUCACCUUUUAGACCAACUCGAGGAUAUGCAUUUGUUUCAACAUCUCAAGUUGGUGGUCUUGUACCUGAUUAUCGGAGCUUACGAUUUUUGCGCCAGGAGUUUGAUCUUCGAUAUGGUUUCCCGUUGGGUUUUUAUCAUGCUGCACUGAACUUUGGGGUCUCCUGUGGUGUCAUUUUCCCUUGGGGAAGUGGGUACAUGAACAUGCCCUCACCCAUAUCUGAGAGAUUCUUCUUGGGUGGCAAUUUUUCUCCAGUUUGCACCUUGAGUGGCCCAACUGCACUGUUGGGUUUUAAGUCAAGGGGUCUCGGCCCUACUGAGCCUAGGAGGCAAAUUAAACAGAAGUCCAAUGAUGAAAGUUCUGACACUUGUUCUGGAAGGGAUUUUCUAGGAGGUGACCUUGCCCUUACUGCUUUUGCAGACCUUUCUUUUGAUCUUCCAUUGAGGGUGUUCCAAGAAGCUGGUAUCCAUGGGCAUUUUUUUGCUUGUGCUGGUAACGUUGCGAAAUUAACAGAGAACGCAUACCAGGAUUUUUCUCUCCAGAAAUUCCGGAAGUCAUUCCGAAGCUCUGCAGGAUUUGGCAUUGUUGUACCCACUAAACUAUUUCGCGUGGAAGUUAACUACUGUUACAUCCUGAAACAACUCGAGCAUGACUGCGGGAAGACAGGCGUGCAGUUUAGCUUCUCUUCACCAUUUUAAUUUUGUAUCCAUCCUUCUACGUUCUGUGAUGAGCAAAAUAGAGUUAACAAAGGAAGCCAGCCUGUUAGUGGGUUAGGGUUGAAUUUUGUGGGGGGCUAUUUGGGAGCAGUUUAUGGUUCCACUACAUUGUCAAGCAAGCAGUGUAGAAACAAAAGAUUAUGCAACUUGAAAACGGGGUCUUACUCUUACAGUAGUAGUACCUCGUUUAUUGGGUGGUACUGGUAGUGUCAUCAUACUUAUUUGAGAAAAAGGUACCUUCUUUAUUUUUUAAACAAAAGGAAAAAAAAAAAAAAAAAAAACAUCUGUAUUGGGAGACACUAUCUCACGCGUUCUUUUCUUGAUUCAAGUUGAGGGAAAAUAACUGUAUUGUGAGACUCUUUUGACUAGUUCUUUGGUUCUCAGUUUAAGAGAAAAUAAAGCGUGGCAAUCUUUGGUGCAUCUAA